GGUACCCGCCCGAGGGCGGGGGGGGCAGAGUGGUGUCGGGGCGGCUUGGCGGCGGGCCCUGCCCCCGAGGGGGAGAAGUGGCAACUCCGGGGGCCGGCGCCAGGGCUCUGCCGCGGUCUGGGAGGCCGCCGCGGGCCCCUUCUUCUGGCAGCCGUCCGCGUGCAUGGUGAUCCGGGACGGGGCCGCCGCCAUCUCCUUCUUUUCCUCCUCCUCCUCCACUGCCGCCGCCUCCUCUUCCUCCUCCUCCUGGGUCGGGCCGAUCCCCUCCCCGCGGCCGCCUCCUCCUGGGCUGGGCCCGCGGUGCCUCGUCCCCUCCCCGAGCCGUUCCUGCAGCCGUCGCCGCCGCCGCCUCCUCAUUCAUCCUCGUGCACCAUAGGCGGCACAGGUUCCAAGAUGUCCAACCGAGUGGUCUGCCGGGAAGCCAGUCACGCCGGGAGCUGGUACACAGCCUCAGGUCCUCAACUGAAUGCACAAUUAGAAGGUUGGCUUUCACAAGUACAGUCCACAAAAAGACCUGCUAGAGCCAUUAUUGCCCCCCAUGCAGGAUAUACUUACUGUGGGUCUUGUGCUGCUCAUGCUUACAAACAAGUGGAUCCAUCUAUUACCCGGAGAAUAUUCAUCCUUGGGCCUUCCCAUCAUGUGCCCCUAUCUCGAUGUGCACUUUCCAGUGUGGAUAUAUAUAGAACACCUCUGUAUGACCUUCGUAUUGAUCAAAAGAUUUAUGGAGAGCUAUGGAAGACAGGAAUGUUUGAGCGCAUGUCUCUGCAAACAGAUGAAGAUGAACACAGUAUUGAAAUGCAUUUGCCUUAUACUGCUAAAGCCAUGGAAAGCCAUAAGGAUGAGUUUACCAUUAUUCCUGUAUUGGUUGGAGCUCUGAGUGAGUCAAAAGAACAGGAAUUCGGAAAACUCUUCAGUAAAUAUCUAGCGGAUCCUAGUAAUCUCUUUGUGGUUUCUUCUGAUUUCUGCCAUUGGGGUCAAAGGUUCCGUUACAGUUACUAUGAUGAAUCCCAGGGGGAGAUUUAUAGAUCCAUUGAACAUCUAGAUAAAAUGGGCAUGAGUAUUAUAGAACAACUAGACCCUGUAUCUUUUAGCAAUUACUUGAAGAAAUACCAUAACACAAUAUGUGGAAGACAUCCCAUUGGGGUGUUACUAAAUGCUAUCACAGAGCUCCAGAAGAAUGGAAUGAAUAUGAGCUUUUCAUUUUUGAAUUAUGCCCAGUCAAGCCAGUGUAGAAACUGGCAAGACAGUUCAGUGAGUUAUGCAGCUGGAGCACUUACAGUCCACUGAAGCUCUGAAUACUCAGGGAUACCACCUGCACAUACUCAUUCUUUAAAUGGGGUCCCAGCCUAGCCCUUACAAAGAUACAGUUCCUGGUCUUUGGGGAUACUGAAACCUCAAAAUUAAUAGAACUUUCUUCUCUUCUUUUCUAGUAGGUGUAGUCCUUCCUUGAUUUCAACUCAUUAUAAAAUGCUUUCUUGUUUAGGACAAUGGAAGGAAGGCUGGCAUCAAAGUAUUUUAUGAUUUAAAAAAGUGAUGAUGGAUGUAAAGUCAUGGUGGCAGAUGGUCCUUCAAAUACAACCUGUAAAGCAUUUACCAUAUUCUAAAUUUGCACUCUUUGCAGACCUGUGCACAUAUAUUCAGCUUUCAGAAUAGUUUUGCAAAUUGUAAAGAAACAAAAAAGGGUGGAAGCUUUUUAAUAAUGAAAAUUGCAUUUAUAAAUGAUCUGUAUUAGAAUAUAAUAAAUCUCCAGUAUAGUCAACUACUACCCGUGUUGUACAACAGAUACAUUCUAUUUUAGUUGCUAAUAAAGGGCUACACAACUCAAAUUAGUCUGAUUUAAACUUAUUGCUCUGUGGUAUAUGUGUAGAUUGCUUCUCAUUAACUUCAUCUUAGAAUUUUUAUGUUCAGUUUGGAAAACAGCUCCUUUGUAAGAUAGUUUAGGAUGUGUUUUAUAUUUAUAUGAAGACUAUUUCAGUUACAGAAAUUAUUAUAAUGUUAUUUACAAGUUGGCUUUUCAAAGCUACAUACAGUAUGCCAAAAUUGCUUUUAGGUAUGUGAAAUAAAUUUUUUGUCACUAAAUACCAUGUUAAUAGUAGAUGUUACAUUUAAAUUUAGCCCUCCAGCUGCAAAAAUUAUUUGCAAGACGCUAGUUUGCAAAGAUUGUGGAACACUUCUUGUCUUUUAUAAUUAUCACCAAAUAGUUGCCAUUGUGUUCCACUGCUUUAAAAAAUUCAACCUUGUCUUGUACUCAUCUUUCUCUGUAAGAAACAAUUUUGUAAAAAUCCCUUACUGUUUCUACAAUUCCACCAUUUAAAUAGUAAUUCUAUUUCUUUUCUAUUAAUUUUGACUAAAUUAGAGUUAAUUUGACUGAAAAAUGUCAUGGUAGUGGUUAUUAUUUGUCCAUCCUGUGUGUGCUAGAUUGCGUUAGUAUAGUCUAGUAUUUGGUUUCCAAUCUAUUGGAUUCAAUUUAAAAAUCUUCAAUACAAUACAAUGUCUGACAAGCACAAUACUUAGGUGCCUUGCACCAAAUGUAUUCAAAUAUUUGAUUUUGUUAUUUAUCAAGCUUUAAUUUUUUCUACCCAAGUAGUGAUUAAAAUGGUAAUAACCUUUCUAAAUGGAGUAAAAGUGUCAUAUGCAUCUCUGUGGAAAAGUAUGCCAUUAGAUCACAUAUCAAGAAUUUAAAUCCUGGCAUGUGCUCAUAGGGAAUUUGGGAGGGCAGGAGUUGGCAGGAUAUUAUCUUUUGCUUUAUGGUUUUAAAUGAAUUAUAUAAAAAUUAAUUGAUUUGAUUGUGAUAUAUUAAUUUUUUUUAAGCCAAUCAUUGUCCCUCCCAGUGAUGCUAUUACAAAAUUUUCAAUAUAUUUUCUGGGAAAAGUUUUCCAGUUUGAUGAGUUUUGCUUUCCUUUUUAAAGAAAGAGGAUAAGAUGGUGGCCAGGCCUGUUAAAUGCUGGCAUUGUAGUACAGAAACUGCUUUUAUAGUACUUUUUGAAGUGUAGGAUCUUCCCUAAUCACCUCUACCCUUUUCCAAGAACACAGGAACAUCUGCCAUGCCUGGGAAUCCCCUGGCUCCACACUUAUACCUCCUAGAAUUUAGUGCAACUACUUCUCUUUUUUGGGGGGGAUGGUGGUGUAUAUUUACGGUGUCUCAGAGAGUUGGGCUACUGUAGCACACUUCAGUAGUGAGUGCCACUAUAACCCAGCCUGAAAUUUCUUAGUGCCCUACUUUGUCAAUUCUGGAAAUUUGGUAUUCUGGUAAAAAUAAAUUUGCUUUAAAUGGAGAAUAUCUGUAUUGAUAACUUGAUCAGCAUCAUUUUACACUAUAUAAAUAUCAUGUAAUUGAGAAAGAGCACUGGAUGAGAUAGAAGGCCUUAUUUCUAGUCUUGGCUUUCCACCUCUGUAUCCUUGAGCAAGUUAACCACUCUGAGCCUCAAUUCCUUCUUAAGAAAUGAACUAGAUAAUAUGGACUAGAUAACAUCUGAGGUUCCUUCUAGCUCUAAACUUUUAUGGUUCUAUGAACUUAAUCCAUGGCAGUUCUGGUGUCACUUGUAUAAAACAAGUUAAAACUGCUAAGUGAUUGAAGUAUAAGGUGCUAUCUUUUUUCUUCAUAGUAUAAAGAUUUUUUUUUGUUAUAAUAAUAUAAAGAGAGCAGUUGAUUUGUAUUAGCUAAAUGGAAUUAGUUCUAAAAUGUUGGAUCUAGGCUAAUAGAGUUUAUGUGCCUUUAAAAAGUCUAUAGCUUUUGGACAGAUUUAAGCAUUUUUAAACUGUAUAUAACAUGGUUAAAUCGACCUUUUAUUACCUACUUUGUACUUCAUUUGUGGUACAUCAUAUAUUGAUUUCUUUGCAUUGCCCAAUAUACCUAUGAGUGUUCAUUUUUCUCUACCACCUAUGUUAUGAUGUAUUUCAUAUCAACUUAAGUAAAAAUGUCAUCAGGAAGGCCUGUCAUGGUUAAAUAACAAAGCCUUGUUGUAAGAAUAGAACAUAAAACCAUCUAGGUCAUCAUAAUGAGGCAGUGUGUGACACCAGAUAGGUCAAGAAAACUAGGGUUGGUAUGGAAUUGUGUAGAUCUGGUCUAGUUGCUUUAUCUAAACUAUCCAGUAAAGGAUAUGGAUCUGAAGUAUUAAGAUAUAAUGUUUUUCCAGAUACUGAGAAAAAUCUUUAUUAUGGCUGUCUAUAUAAGAAACACUUUGGAAAGUAGCUGUUUUAAGAGAAGCGUGACCAACGGAGGCAGUUUCCUAGCUAGUUGGUCAGCCAUUCUUCUUUGUGGAACUUUCUUGAUCUUAAAGAGCCAUAAUUAGCUAUGGUAGGUCACCUAAGAGCAGAUUGAGCCUCUUUAAUCAGCCCAAGAGUAUUCAUUAUCUCUGUUAAAGAGAAAAGCUUUGUAAAUCUUAAAGUAAGUUAUAUGUGUGUGAAUUAUUAAUAUUUUUUUUAAAAGAAGACUUCUAUCUCAACUAAUAUACCCUGAUUUAUGCUUCUAUUCUGUUGCCCAUGUACCCCAGGGACAUGGUUAAAUUCAAUGUUAGGGCAGGGCCUCCAUAGAGAUCCCAGGAAGAUAUCUCCUGUGAGCCAGCUGGUCACGUGGGUUGAAGUGCUGAUUCGGCUAGUUGUGACAGAGUCUAGAGACUUCUCUAUAAAGAUGUCUCAAGGCUUGACCCUCUGCUAUUUGACCAUUUUAUCAAUUUGAGUGAAGGCAUAGAAGCCAUACUUAUCAGUUUUGCAGAUGGCACAAAAUAGGGAGGUAUAUGAAAUAAUCAGGAUUCAGAAAGAUUUCAACCAGUAUAGUUGGACCAGUUCUAGUCAAAUGAAUUUGAUAGGGAUAAGUGACUUAUACUUCCGUUCUGAAAGUCAAUUUUCAUAAGUACAAGAUGGAAUAAGUGUGGGUAGAUAAUUCUUUUGAAAAGGAUGGGGGUUGAGCUAGUUAACUACAAGCUUAAAAGGUGUGAUAUAACUGGCCAAAAAAGUUAAUUUGGUCUUAGGUUAAAUAAAGUGAGGAAUAGCAUUCACGAAUGAUGACAGCUCUGCAUUCUGCCCUUUUUAGUCCAUUCCUGAAGUCUUGUGUUCCAUUUUAGAUGCCACUUAUAAGCUAGAGAGCAACCAUAGGAGGGUAACUAGGGUGAUGAGCUUUGAUGCCAUGCCAUAUGAGGAUUAGUUGAAAGAAUUUGGGAGUGCUUGCUCUGAAGAAAACCCCACUUGUAACAAAAAAACAUUUAAGCAAAAUUGACCAACAAAGAGACCUCAAAAGCAGUUACAACAUUCUGCCCCUUAAUUCUGCUUUUUCUUACUGAGAGGAAGUAAGUUUGUUAUAUCAUGUCUUUUGGGCUGGACUAAGUUAUAUUUCCAUCUUUGGGACGGAGGUUGUUAUUGCAGUUAAUCUGAAUUCAAUUCCCUUGUCUUAAAUGAGGGCUGUAUGAUGAUUUGUUGGGGAUAUCAUAGAGGGGAUCAUUAAUUCAUUUGUUGGUUGUGGAUGGCCUCAGAGAUAUUUUCCAACCCAUAAAAUUUUGUAAUGACAGUUUGGAAAGUGCAGAAAAAUUUAGUAGACUGCCAGAUUCAGUUUGGGCUUUCUAGGCUUCUUCCACUUGUUGUUGUGGGCUUAUGUACAGAGCCUUAGCUUGUUGCAAAUUGUUUAAAGGUCAGCUUGGAGAUUGACCAAGUUGGCAUAGAGCAAUGGGGUUAUAAAGGUAGCACUGAGAGAUUGGAAAGUAGCAAAAGUAUAAGUCACAAUGGGGGAAAGAGGGGUUGUUUUAAAUGGGGGUGAGGGGAAGGAAUUCAUUUGUAAAGGGCAAUUAACUAGAAUGAACCAUUUAUUUUAGUAGGAGGUCAGUACUGAUACAGAUUUAGGUUACUUAAUUUGGUCUGUCUGUUCAUCCUGGGAUGAUGAGCUAACAUUAAAUGAAGUUUAUUUUUAUUUUUUUUAUUCUGAACUUAAUAUUUCUUUAUACAAAAAGAACAGAAAAAAGGAUUAUAUGUGAAACCCCGAAUCUUUUAUGUGCUGCUUGCUUUAAAAAAAGUUAUAAUAAAUUCAA